CAACCCUACCAUAUAAUCAGAAUAAAGAAAAUGGCGAGAAAGAUGAGUACAUGUUUUCGCUUAGUUGUGCCGAUGAUUUUAGCUGCUCUCUUGGGACAAAGACAUGCAGUAUACUGUCAAAGUCCUACUCCGACCGUUACUACAACGUACGGCGAUGUGAGAGGUACUACGGUAACAGUCUCCAGUCCGACUGCUGCUUCGUCCACUAUCUUUACCUUCAAGGGAGUGCCCUACGCUGCGCCCCCUGUCGGAAAUCUCAGAUUUCGACCACCACAGCCCCCUACCUCGUGGAAUGAUGUCUUGAAUGCUACAACUUUCGGCCCGAAGUGUCCACAGUUCAUAACCAAAUUGUCGGAUGUCUUUCCGAAUGCAACGAUAGUUGACCAGCUCUUUAGUGGAGCGAAUACCACCAUAGACGAGAACUGUCUGCAUCUCAACAUCUACACACCUUCGCUCUCUGGAAACAGCUUGCCGGUGAUGUUUUGGAUACACGGAGGUGGUUUCACCGGGGGCAGUUCCGAUCUAUACCGCGGGGAGGCGUUGUCAGUCCACCAAGAUGUCGUCGUGGUAACCAUUAACUAUCGUCUUGGCGUGCUGGGAUUUCUGCCAACACAACUGGCAAAUGCAACAGGAAACUUCGGUCUUCUGGAUCAGGUACGGGCUUUAGAAUGGGUCCGUGACAACAUCGCGAACUUCGGCGGAGAUCCGGACAAGGUGACCAUAUUUGGCGAGUCAGCGGGCGGCAUCAGUGUCUCCCUGCUCAUAUUAUCGCCUCUGGCGGAAGGACUGUUCCGUAGGGCCAUCUCAGAGAGCGGCGUGGCCAUAACCGUUCCAGACGAGGACGCCAUGCUCAGCAUUACGUCAUCGGUUGGCCGUUCCCUGAACUGCACUGAUGACGUCAACGCUAAUAUGAUAGACUGUAUACGGAGCAAGUCAGUGGAAAGCAUCCUGACAGUGCCUUUUUCUGUGUAUCCAGUGGUGGAUCAUCACUUCCUACCAGAAGCUCCCAUGGCUCUUCUACAGGCCGGGCGCUUUAGCAAGGUAGACUAUCUUCUGGGCAUUAACAAUGACGAGAUGGGUUUUAUCCUCACUCUACCGCUGUUCCCGGACUUAAACAACGGCAUGACGCACGAACAACGCUUCCUGGGGACUUCUUAUUUGGUCGAUACCGUGGCCAUGUUCGCACCGAAAGCCGACAAACCUGGUCUAAUCAACGCAAUCCUAGAUGAGUACAGUGACCCGGAAGUGCCAGACGACCCUGUAUCAAUCCGCCAACAGUAUUUUGACAGUGCAAAGGACUACUACUUUACAGCGCCGACAGUUUCCGUAGCCAAUGUUCAAUCAGCUCAAUCUGUGAAAGUGUACCAGUACCAGUUCCAGCAUCGACCGUCCGUCUUCUGGUUCAAGCCGCCGUAUGUGCAGGCCGAUCACGGAGACGAGAUUAUGUUCGUGUUGGGGACUCCGCUCGUACUAAUCAUGCCGGGGGUGGAGCUGUUCACCGAGGAGGAAAAGAAACUGAGUCUGGACAUGAUGGCGUACUGGGCUAACUUCGCCAGAACCGGUGAUCCGUCCAACUCAGCCGGAGCGCCCACCGAGCGCCCCCUGGUGACCUGGCCGCGCUACACCCCCGACACGCCCGCCUACCUCCAGCUGCGGUCCGAGCCCGCCGUGGGGACGGCGCUGUUGAAGCCGGAGAAGCUGAAGUUCUGGAACGAAGUGGUGCCCAGGUACCUAGCGGGGGAUACCGCUAGCCCCGCCGCCCGGUUCUGGGGAAGCUACGUAUACCUUGUAGUUGGUGUUGCCUUGUGCGUUGACGUCUUUGCGAUACAAUUUUAGGUUGAUCACAUCUGCAUACAUG